CCGACGGAGAGGACAAAAUGAAGACAUCCGUUAUUUUGGCUCUGUUUGGCUUUGUACUCGCUGUCGGCUUUUCAGUCGCACUAACUGAAAAUGAGUUGGCCGAGAUAGCAGAUGAAUUUGAAGCAGAGAAACUUCGAGGUGAAUACGACAUGAAAGAGAAUGAUGGAGAGUUCGAUGAAGAGGAUCUAGAGGACAAUGAUAUGGCAAUCCCCAGAAGUAAAAGCGAAGUGGCGGCCGAAGACGAGGAGUUUGACGAAAGAGCAUUCGAUAAUGACGAUGAUAGAGACGAAGUUAGUGACGAAGGUGACGUAACAGCAAUGGAAAAGUCAGCUGACCCCUUUAUUCGCUUUAGACGUAUUGGACGCAAAAUAGGACGUAAGAUCAGACGUCGUGUUCCUUCUGUUCGUCGAAAAAUUCGUCGUACAAUUCGUCGUGGUCGUCGUAUAUUUCGUCGUUUCCGCGGCUAAGGCGGCCAAGGAAGACUAUUUCUG